CAGAUAUUCUGGAGGCCCACAGCGCUCGUCCUCGCAAGAUCGCUUCACUCAUCGGCAUUGAGGGAGGUCACUCCAUCGCCAACUCGUUGGGAGUGCUACGAUCCUAUUACCAGUUGGGAGUGCGGUACAUGACCCUCACCCACACUUGCAAUACUCCAUGGGCCGACUCAUCGAACGAAGCGCCCGUGGCCAAUGGACUGACCGAAUUCGGAGAGAAAGUGGUGCGCGAGAUGAACAGGCUGGGUAUGAUCGUGGACCUGUCCCACGUGGGUGAGAACACCACCAGGGCUGCUAUCCGAUUGUCCCGGGCUCCCGUAGUCUUCACUCACUCUUCCGUCUACAGCCUCUGCAACCACAAACGCAACGUUCCUGAUGACAUCAUCCACUCUCUGAAAGAAAAUGGCGGAAUUAUCAUGGUGAAUUUCUUCCCAGACUUCGUGAAGUGCGCCCCUAAUGCUACCAUCUCCGACGUCGCCGAACAUUUCCACUACAUCAAACGUAUGGUUGGCGCUGACUACGUCGGUAUUGGCGGAGAUUUUGAUGGUGUUAACAGGGUCCCUCGUGGAUUGGAGGACGUAUCCCGCUACCCGGAACUGUUCGCAGAACUGCUGCGAAGUGGCCAGUGGACCGUGCAGGAGCUGAAGAACCUCGCUGGCCUUAACAUGCUACGAGUUAUGCGACAGGUUGAGAAGGUCCGUGAUGAGAUGCGCACCAACGGCGUGGAACCGGAGGAACACCCCGACUCCCCCAACGACAACGGAAAUUGCACAAGCAACGCCUUCUAUACCGAAUACGUGUAGAUUGACCCCAUACCACACACGACUGCACAUUCCAACUUUAUUUCUAUUAAAAGAGAAUCGAAAGUUGC